UAUUCUGUCAAGAAAUUGCAAAUGGAGGACAGGCGGUAGAAAGACUAGAAAGUUGCGCUUUGGUUGCGCUUUUCAGCAAUUUCUGUGAAAAGAUUGCGGCACGAGUAAGAUUUAAGUCAGUUUCCAUUUUGUUGAUGGAAACGUGAACAGUAACAAGAUGUUACUAACCAUACACAACCUACCGAGUUCUACUCGUUACGCGGAUGUAAAAAGCUUGCUGAAGGAUAAAUGCGGUCUGACGGAAGUUAUCGUAGACAAUUUGGUUAAUGAGGGUAAAAGCAAGAAAGUGACUGUGGGACUAGCCACUGAGGAUGAUGGCGCGUUUGUGGUCAGAAAACUCAACGGGUUGCUUAUCAACGGGCAGCAGCUGUAUAUCGAGGACAAAAGGCGAUCCACGGCUGACCAGCCGUACCGCCCAGGAGGCCUCGACCCUGUUCAGCCUAGUCCCAUGAUGCAACCCGUAAUGGCACCGAUGGUUCCAUCAUGGAACCAGACGGUAGCCAUGCCUUACAUGCAGCCGAUGGCAGUAGAUCAAACCUUAGCUUAUACGGGCUAUGUCGGCGUUACUCAGGCGCCGCUUUAUGCUGAGUCCAACCCAGUUUCUGCUCAAGUUCCUGGGUACUCGGGGUACCAGCCUGAAGCUUACGCUCCUAAUACAGAGCCUAGAAACCAGGAGCCCGGUGAUUGGAAUAGAAAUUCGCGGGAGAAACCUUCUGAAACGUUCCGCAACAAAGAUAGAAAACGUCGUCAUUCUCCCGAAAAACCUGAUUCUGGCAAAAGAAUGUCCAGGUUUGACAACUUCAACAAAUCGAAAAAUCGCAACCCAACGCCACCUCCAAAACAAUGGGCGGACGAGAAUCGAGCUUUUCGAGAUCAGUUUUCUCGUCAGAACCAACACGCUGAACCCCCAUAUCAACCCAAAGAGCCUAAUUCUGACUACCGACAGUCGGAUUCGAUGUGGGAACAACAAUCACGUUGGGAAGAUCCCAAACCAGCUGCCGAACAACAGUGGGGCAACGCUAACCGAGGCUGGGAACCAGAACCUCAGUCUCAAUGGCGUGAAGAACCCAGGCAAUGGGACAACCAACCGAAACCGCAGUGGGAGAGCCCACCGAAAGCGCAAUGGGAUAACCGAGCUAAAUCGCAAAGGGAUAAACAACCCAGACCGCACAGGAAUAACGAACCCAAAUCGCAAUGGAAUACCCCGCAGAAAUCACAAUGGGAUAACCAACCAAAACCGCAAUGGGAUAGUCCACCCAAAUCCCGUUGGGAUAAUCAACCGGCAGCACCGCAAUGGGAUAACCCACAGAAACCCCAUUGGGAUAACCAACCGAAACCCCAAUGGGAUCACCAACCUAAACCGCAAUGGGACGAUCGAGUACCCGUGGAAAAUAUUCGUUCAGAAUGGUACGAUCACCUAGCGGCUAGCGAUGCACCGCGUGGAAAUGAUCAAGAGUUCCAACCGCGGGAUCAUGACCGCAACAGGGACGGUCGGUCACGCAACCAAAACUUUGACGAACCAAUCAACGAUCAAGUCUGGACUAGAGAGCCCAAGAAUUCCUUUAGUUCUUCAGACAGGCAAUCAAGACCUGCAGAAGAAUCGCGAAGGAACCGGCCGAGGUCCAAAAACGGACGUGAAAGAAAUGAUUGGCGUGACAGCAGACCGGUCUCGCCACGCGACCGCUCGGGCGGCCGCGAAAGGACCGACUACGGGAAACCGAAGGAAUAUCCUUCCAGGGAGUUCAGACGUCACCCGAAACCCGAACAUGGCCCGCCCAAACCCGCACCGAGACAAGAGACAAAUAGAUACGAAAGGGUUGAAGCGCACGGCGCUAAUGCGAAGAGUAACUUUACCAAACAGAAGAAUACUUAUCCGCCUGUGUCAGAUCGACCCGUUAAUAAGCCUGGCUUUGUUGAGGUCCGCUUAGAUAAAAACAAGCCGCAAACUCUUCGUUCAAUGAUAAAUAAAGACCAGACGAUUCGGCUCCAAGCUACUGCUCUGAUCGCCAAGAAAACCGUCGGUGCAGACAUCGAGAAACCUUACAUCUCUAAAGGGCCUCUCGAAGCCUAUAUUUACAAACAAUUGAAAGCCUGCAUUAAAUCGCGUGUUGACGUUAUAUUCGGCGAAGAACUGAGUGUGAACUUGGCUGAUGUUAUUCAGCGCUACAGGGCGAAGUUUCCUUUCAAAGACGACAGUAUGUUAAUGGUGCAGAUUCGCGAGAAAAGUUCGAGGGAAUUAGAGUCGUUGCCACCAAAGGAGAAGAAAAUUGAAGCGUAUAAACACCAAGCGAAGGCAGAACAAGACGAAGCCGAAAAACAAAAAAGAGAAAAUAACACAACAGCGAGCCCAAAAGUGGAGCAAAGCAACCAGGGAGUCACAAAAGCAAAAGUGGCGCAGAGUAACCAGGGAGCCGCAAAAGUGGCGCAGAAUAACCAGGGAGUAGCAAAAGCAAAAGUGCCGCAGAACAAGCAAGGGACGGCAAAUGCGAAGAAUGGGACGCAGAAUAUAAUAGUGGCGCCGGCGGCUGCGAAGAUAGCGCCACCUGUGCACCCGAGCAUAGCUAAGAUGAAUAAGAAGAAACCGGGGGCGCCUCUCACGGAUAAACAAGUCAUCCAACAGAUGAAGCUGCUUCGCAAAUGGGAGUACGACCAAGACGACAUCUACAGUAUGGACGCGGACAGCACCAAGGCUCUGGACGAUGAGAUGGCACAACUGGACAAGUUGUUUACCGACGAAUGCUUAAACCCCGCCGAUCAGCACGAAUCCGUGAUCUGCAAACUCCUCACCAGCGACUGUCUCAACGACUUUCACAAGACAAUCCGCCUCUACAUAACCAAACGCAUACUCAACAUCCAAACAGGCCUCGCCGUCCGCAUGUUCGCGACCGGAAAACCUCCUAAAAAGGAGGCAGUGUUGCAAUACCUCAAGAAAAAUAAGAUCCAAGCCGCUGCCGUCAAGAAGAGUGUCAAAGGAGGCAUGUUUAUGGUCAACCUGACCCGGUUUCAGGACUUUGACAAGUUAUGUAAUUUGGAGAAAGACGUUAUUGACGGCGUCCCAAUAAGCUUCAAAGCAAUGCAUCUCGCCGGCCCCCCGGCCAAAGUAACCAAGAACCAGAUCAAAUCCAUGCGGCAGAAGAUGAUCGCGAAUCAGAUCGAUGGGUUAGACAUGAAUGAACUGGAAGAUGUGGACUUUGGAACUGGGGACAGAGGGGAUGGCGCAGGGGACAAAUUGGAAGGUGCAGGGGAUAAAUGGGAAGGCGCAGAGGACCAAUGGGAGAAUGGCGGAGGGGACCAAUGGGAAGCAGGGAACGCAGAUGGCGACGGAGGAGAUACGUCAGGGAAUAUGGACACAGGAUUCGUCGCGGAGGAAGACUUUACCGAAGACGAUUUCCCAGGGGAAGAUUUCUCAAAACAAAACAAGGAAACUGAAGACGCUAUAGAUUUCGCUGAGGGGGUCAACAUAGAAAACAUUAAAGAAGAAGAUUUAGAGGACUUUUAGGAUUAAUUUUAGGGUUCCGUGCCAAAAUGAAAAACGGAACCCUUAAUGUAAGUUUGAGUGGACGCUCCGUGCUGAGCGUUUAUCUUGGCGGGCGUACAUACAAUAUAUGCAGCGUCUACUCAGGACACUUGUGUUAUGAUUUUUCGGUAAUGGUUUCAUAAUUGGCAUUUGACAGCCCGCUCUAAACA